AUGUACUCCGUUAUAUCAUGCUUAUCGCGGCGCCGAGACGGAAACAUCUAGACAUUUCUCGCAGUUUUUUUGGUAAUUAAAAACUCUAUAUAUAUAUAUAUACAUAUAUAAGCACACAACCGCCAUAUAGUACUGUAUCACGGCGAGCAAAGAAGAGCGAGAGCGCUAAAGACUGUGAAGGACACACCAAUCUCGACGAAGAAGAAGAUGAGCCGACACCCUACAGUAAAGUGGGCUCAGAGGUCUGACAAGUUGUACAUUACAAUUGACUUGCCCGAUGCCAAGGAUGUGAAACUGAAACUGGAGCCCGAGGGCAAAUUCUUCUUUUCUGCUACCAGCGGAGCAGAUAGCGUGCCUUAUGAAAUAGAUAUUGACCUUUUUGACAAGGUUGAUGUAAAUGAGAGCAAGGCUAAUAUUGGCUUGAGAAACAUCUGCUACCUUAUAAAGAAGGCAGAGAGUAAAUGGUGGAGCAGAUUGAUUAAGCAGGAGGGAAAACCACCUCUUUUUUUGAAAGUUGAUUGGGACAAAUGGGUUGAUGAAGAUGAGGAGCAGGACAGCAAGGUUGGAGCUGGUAUGGACUUUGAAGAUGGCGAUUUCGAUUUUUCGAAACUCAACAUGGGUGGCGCUGGAGAUUUCGAGAACGAUGAUGCUGCCUUCAAGGAUGAAGAAAAUGAUGACAGUGAGACUGAAGAGUAGAAUGCAGAAGCCGCACCACCCGCUAGUGCUGAAGCCGAGACAAAGGCCUAAAGCUUUCUUUCAUACAUACAUCUCGUUUCGAACUCUUCGGAUAAUACUAUUUUCACUUUGUUUAUGAAUGUUAUGAUGAGAGGAAAAGGGUACAUCUGCCCUUGAAUGAGUUUUAUGAGGUUGCUCCAGUUUUUUAGUGUUUCGUAUUGUCCACAUUUUAGGAUCGAAGCUCUUUAAAUAUGCUUUAAGAUCUGUUACAAUUCUGCCUUGUGUUUGUCCAUGAAUUUUACCUUGUUAUGUGCACUAUACAUUUUCAGAUAUUCUGAAUCCGUUUUAGGAAAGGUUGCUUUGUUGUUAUUUAACUUA